GUCUCUCUCGAUCGUGCAGUCUUGUGCAGUUUGCCCCCCACUGUCUAGGCCAGCAGGCAUACUCUGUCUGUAAUGAUCUACACUUUAGCACGUCGCCGUCUCAAUCAGUUGCAUUCAUAACCUUCACUUUAGUUCGUACGCAAAAUUCUUGCAUUGUCAAUCCCUUCUGUGCGUCUGGCAACGCGCAACUAGUGCAACUUCUCUUCGCAUUCAUCGGCCGUCUUGUGGACAAACUCAACUUUUCUCUCUCCCUUCGUCACAAACUCAGACAGUCAUAACAGUGACUAUGGCCAGUUGAAUUGCGAAUUCAGCAAACAGCGUUCUCGACUUCCCUUCUUCACGCAGGAUAUCUCCCCAUUCAUCGUCGACCAUUCAACCAAUCAGUGUCUUCUGACAUCCAAAGUUCAGACACGCCUCCGGAACCAGACUGUAAUACUGAUACAGUUUGAAUUCUUAUAUUUCCUCCCUGCUACGUCACUAUCUCACUGUCAAAAUGGGUCGCGUAGACAGUGGAUUUGAUGAGUCCUACAGCUUGAAGGGGCUCAACAUGGAUCGAUCUUCCAUUCACCGGAGUCAUACAUCACCCACCAGUCAUUCAAAGACCAGGAGCAAGUCGUCGAAAGCCGUAAACCAUGCUUCUAAUACUUCCGUGGACGGGCGAAGCAGACGGCCAAAAUCAGAGAAGUGCCCCAGCGAACAGCCACAGACCUCCCCAUCUUCUCGUCGGAAAUCACUCGCCUCCUCCUCUGAGAACUCUGCAAAGUCACGAAGCCGCGGUUACGGAUCUAUGCCUUCAUCUCGCCGGACGUCAUGCACCUUAGUCGACCCCUCCCGGCCAAGUCGACACUACCGGAUCAAAAGCACGCAGUCUAUCAACCCCGCCGGCCGCGAAGUAGACGAUGUGCUCGCACUACAUUUCCGCAGUUAUACUAUGUUUCAGAAUCCAUCAUACCAAACCAACCAACUAGCUGGAACCCAGACCUUGAACGAAGAUGGAAGUGUCGUCGCGAACCACGUACCAACAUAUUCCAUCCACAACGGAACAACGCGUGAGCGACAAGCAAGCCCGGACGAUAUCUGUACAGUCGCGAGCCCAGACCUGACCAAACAAAGUGGAGAGACCUUUGUCACUGUGCAAAAGGCCGACACGAUGGACUGGAUGUCUCCAACCACCCGAAGACGUGAGUAUGAAAAGAUCGACAAGGCAAACAGCGGGUUCAGGGGUUUUGUUAGGAGAGUACUGCCACGAUGCGUAUCCGGCCCGCCGCCACCGAAAUUCCACGACAAUGACAAGUCUGACGCAGGCUCUGUCCGAAGGUACCGACUCAGUCUGGAUGACGAGGAGGAAGAAGUAUCGAACGAGAAGCACAAGGCCACGAAAGGUCAGGGACUAGAAGUCCCUCCAAAAUCGAAAGCCCAGAAACAAAAGAAAUGGGGUUGUCUCUUCUGAAAUGACAGACAGUAAAGACCGAAGAAAGCGAGAGCCUACUAGUAAGGCGGACGAGAGACUUAGUGUCUAAAAAAAAGAAGAGUUGUGUGUUGCAUUUUAUCUUUGCAUUGCGAAAGGAGAGCCCGGCGUUAUAUUUCCUUCAACCAUUCGAUACCCACGAGCGCGCGCGUAUGCAUAUCGAUUUAAUCCUUUUUCGUUCUCUUUCUUCAUCAUCGAUUUUAAUC